AGAAAAAAGGGGAAAGGGGGAAGAUAUUUUGUAAGUAAGUAAAAAAAAAAAGAGGAGGGAAGGUGUUUGAUAUCUCGUACAGUCCGCACUGGAAUCUGUCCUUCCUCGCAUGCUUACUCCACCAUAUAAACUUCUUUUUUUACCAAUCCAAUCCAAAUUUGGCCUAACUUCCUGAUUGCGACUCUUCUCUCUCCCUUUUACCUUUUUGCCCUUCUCCAUCCGUCCUUCCCCGUACGGUUCUUCUUCUCUCUCCCGCAAACAACAAAAAAGCAAAGCAAACUGUUUCUUAAUCUUCUUCGCUCGCUGCUUUAUUAUAAUCCAAUCCUUUCCUUUCCUUUAGAUAAAACAUAAAAAAAAGGGAAGGAAGAUACAUAAUAAGCUUCCAAAGCAUGAAGAAGGUUAAGCAGAUUCACGUCUUCAAGCCUAAUUUCGAUCUUCUCUCGGAGGAGCUUGUCUUCAUCAUCCUUGACCUCAUCUCCCCCAACCCUUCCGAUCUCAAAUCCUUCUCCCUUACUUGUAAAUGCUUUUACCACCUCGAGUCCAAGCACCGCACCUCCCUUAAACCUCUCCGCUCCGACUACCUCCCUCGCAUCUUGACCCGCUACCGUCACACUGCCGAUCUCGAUCUUACCUUGUGCCCCCGCGUCUCUGAUUACGCCCUCAGCGUCCUCGCCUCCCUCUCCGGACCUACGCUCCGCUCCCUCGACCUCUCCCGCUCCCGCUCCUUCUCCGCCGCCGGACUCCUGCGGUUGGCCCUCAAAUGCCCCCAUUUACUUGCGAUUGACCUCUCCAACGCUACCGACAUGAGAGACGCCGAUGCCGCUGUGGUAGCGGAGGCGACGAGUCUGGAGAGCCUCAAGCUUGGCAGAUGCAAGAUGCUGACGGACAUGGCCAUCGGAUGUAUAGCUGUCGGAUGUAAGAAGCUCACUUCUGUUUGCUUGAAAUGGUGUGUUGGCGUCGGAGACUUGGGCGUUGGUUUGCUUGCCGUCAAAUGCCUUCACAUUCGCACCUUAGACCUCUCCUACUUGCCCAUCACAGGCAAGUGUUUGCAUGAUAUUCUGAAACUUCAACACCUUGAAGAACUUCUUCUAGAAGGAUGCUUCGGAGUAGAUGAUGACAGUCUUAAAUCCCUCAGACAUGAUUGCAAGUCACUGAAGAAGCUCAAUGCAUCAAGCUGCCAGAAUUUAACUCAGAGAGGUUUAACCACACUUUUAAGCGGUGCGGGAUGUCUUCAGCGGCUUGAUAUAGCACAUUGUUCUUCAGUGAUAUCAUUGGAUUUUACAAGUAGCUUAAAGAAGGUUUCAACGUUACAGUCAAUCAGGUUGGAUGGCUGUUCUGUUACAUCUGACGGUUUGAAAGCGAUAGGCACUUUGUGCAAUUCCCUGAAAGAAGUUAGCCUAAGCAAAUGUGUCACCGUAACUGAUGAAGGACUCUCUUCUCUAGUAAUGAAACUGAAAGACCUCAGAAAACUUGACAUCACAUGUUGCCGGAAAUUAAGUGGAGUUUCUAUCACCCAAAUCGCCAAUUCAUGUCCCUUACUUGUCUCUUUGAAGAUGGAGUCUUGUUCUCUUGUUUCCAGAGAGGCCUUUUGGUUGAUCGGACAGAAGUGUCGGCUACUUGAAGAGCUCGACUUAACAGACAACGAGAUUGAUGAUGAAGGACUGAAAUCCAUAUCUAGUUGUCUUAGUCUUUCCUCGUUAAAGUUGGGAAUUUGUCUUAACAUAACAGAUAAAGGGCUCUCAUAUGUUGGGAUGUGCUGCCCAAAUCUCCGUGAACUUGAUCUCUACAGGUCAGUGGGAAUAACAGACAUAGGCAUCUCCUCGAUCGCCCAAGGCUGCAUUCAUCUCGAAACAAUUAACGUAUCAUACUGCCAAGACAUCACAGACAAGUCCCUGGUUUCAUUGUCAAAAUGCUCGUUGUUACAGAUAUUUGAGAGCCGGGGAUGUCCUAACAUAACGUCCAAAGGGCUUGCGGCCAUUGCUGUUCGGUGCAAGCGACUCGCCAAGCUCGACUUGAAGAAGUGCCCAUCAAUCAAUGAUUCUGGGUUGCUUGCUCUAGCUCACUUCUCGCAGAAUCUCAAACAGAUAAACGUGUCGGACACUGCGGUGACUGAUGUGGGAAUGCUAUCCCUAGCCAACAUAGGGUGUUUGCAGAACAUAGCGGUAGUGAACUCGAGAGGAUUAAGCGCGAGUGGAGUAGCAGCAGCCUUGCUAGGGUGUGGAGGAUUAAGGAAAGCGAAGCUCCAUGCUUCACUGAGAACAGUCCUUCCUGUAUCUCUAAUUCUCCACUUGGAAGCUCGUGGUUGUACUUUCCUCUGGAAAGACAACACUCUUCAGGCAGGCGGAGUUGGAUCCUAAGUACUGGAAGUUACAGCUGGAAGAUGUUGUGCCUUAAAAAAAAAGCGAGAGGAACAUUCGGAAUGGGGAAGAGGGAGACAGAGAGGCCCAUCUUGGAACGGACCAUAAUAAUAGAGGUGCGCAACAUUUUUGUUGGCGUUGUGUUGACGGCGCGUGUACCCCACCCAAACCUUACCUUACAUUACAUUAUAGAGUCUGGUCACAUGGGUCAUUAUACUACUACUGAUGGUACCGUUGUAAUUUUUGGGUUUUUUUUUUAAAUUAAAUUUAAUUUUUUCUGUGGGUGCCGAAAUCAGCGGACGUAACAGAGUCACAAGGGAUGAUGACUCUGUUCCUUUUUGACUUUAUCCUUUUCUGUAUUUUAUUUUCCCUCUUCCUAUUUUAUACUAGUAUUUUUCUGGUUGUGAUAAUGUGUAACAUCCUCAUCAUCAUCAUAUGAGUAAUAAUAAUAAGGAAGCGUUUCUCAUCAA